AUUAGGAAUUUAUCAGGAAUUGUAUAAAUUGAUUUGUUGCUCUCUCGUCCCCAAAGUACAUCGGUAAUUAGAUAAGAAGACGCUUCUACCUCUUCCGUAAAAAUCCCCGUGCGUUCUCUCCCCGCGUAUUACCGUAUAGAUCCAACGAUCACCAAGGAAACUCAACGAUGUAACGUGAACAUGGCACUCCUUAUCAGUAACAUUCUCGCAGUACCAAGUUUUUGUAUCAAUCGUGCGUCCUCUCUGCGCCGUUCGUAAUGAAUUUGUAACUCGAGCGAGAAUUUAACUGCGAAUUGAUAGAAUUUUUAUCAGUAUGCAACGGGCACCGACGUUACCUUGCCUCCCGGGCUUUAGCGUCGAUAGAAACCUUGGUAGAACGAGAUUUCACAAGAGCCAACAUUUCGACAAGAUACACGAUGGAGUUUAUUAUUUAGUCGAGAAAGCGGAUACGAGAGCAUACAGCCGUUAUUCAACCCUCUACCCCCGAGGGGAGGAGCCAGAGAUCCCACCAUGGCUUGCAUACGAUGGCCAAAGACUCAUGUUCAAAGCGUUUUUCCAAGAGACCGUGCAAGAGAAGUGGAAGACAGCCUUCCACGUUCGCGUGGUGAACAUCAGCUUCUUCCUAGAGGACGGAACGAUGAAAAUCGUAGAGCCGUCCGUGGACAAUAGUGGUCUUGAGCAAGGUGUUUUGGUCAGACGCCAAAGGAUACCGAUUCCCGAUCCAGUGAAGUACAGAUAUUACGAUGUGCUCGACCUGAAUAUCGGAAAGGAGCCCGAGAUAUACGGGCGAGUGUACAAAAUCGUGGAUUGCGACAAGUUCACGAGACACUUCCUCAACCGCAUGGGAAUACCAGUGCCCGACCCGAUUGAUAUACCAAAGGAUCCGUAUCGCGAAGUUCGAGAAGUCGAGACAUUUCCAAAGAAGCCUAAUCGCACGGUGGAUACUCUCGGGAACUUUUUAAAGUACGACAGGCAGGUGCUCCGAUUUUAUGGAUACUGGGACGACACCGAGAGCCCUCACGGUGUCGUUCACGAUCUCGAGCUGCAUUAUUAUCUCUCUGAUAACACGAUAGAAAUCAAGGAAAACGUACCGCCGAACGCUGGCCGGGACUCCGGACCGAUGCUCGUCAAAAGGAUGAAGAUACCGAAGGUACAAUACGACCAGUGUGAAAAUUUAAUCGCCGCUCCAAUAAAUUCAUCGCGCAUCAUUGAAUUGAAAUUAAUUUUCCAGUUUUAUAUCGGCUUGCAGCCGAUCGGCGCGGAACAUCGCUUCACGGUUCUAAAUGUAUUAGGCGAGAGUGCGAGGCAGAGCUAUUACAUGGUGGAUUCUCUGGGCACCGGCGACAUUUCCACCGAUUAUUACAAGGACAAUGAGUUGGGCAUCGGAGCGGAGAUCAAUGUUUUCGGUAGAAGAAUCGUCGUCACGGACAUGGACGCUUUUACCAAGGAAUAUUAUCGAACUAAGUACGGCUUGGACGACUUUGCGCCUCUGAGGAGGCCUCGAAAAGGCGACGAGAUGUACCAGAAGAUCGAUAGAUACAUACCGCCCUACAACGGUUUUGGAUCUUACGAGGACUCUCUGGGGAACUGUUUUACAGUGAUGCCGAAACCGCCCAAGACAGACUUCAUCAAGUUUCUGUACCACGACAAGCAGGGCUUUAAUAGCCACGUCUUAAGAUUUCGGGCGAAAAUAAUAUCGAAAGUUCCAGAAAACGAAGAAAGACAAUUCAUUAUAAGAGUAUUUCUCAUGGACGAUACCAUAUCAAUUUUCGAAUUGGCGAAACGAAACUCAGGCUUUCAGAGAUCCCUGUUCCAAAAACGGAUGCAGAUAAUGCUGCCUGGUCAGGAUAUUUUCACGAGCAAGAAACCGGAAUACUACAAAUCACACGAUUUUUACGUGGGAGCGCGCUUAAACCUGCACGACUUUCAUUUCGAAAUUACAUCCGCGGACGUUUAUGCCCUGCGCUACAUGGAGCUACAUUGCGACAAGUUUCCCAAAGCGAACAAGAACCUGAUAAUGGAGAAACUCGGAGAGAACUUGCAGCCGGUUUACAAAGAAUUCGUUCAACUGUACGCCCCGCCUGGAGACGCGAUGGACGAGGCUCGAAUUUUAGAAUACGAGAAGCUCAGGUACGUGAAAAAUCACUUGUGUCCUCCCAUCCGCGACAGCUUCGCGUUUCCCACAUUUCAAAAUUACAUUUUCAGGGAGGCGUUACAGCGCUACAUGAGGGACAAGAUAACGGAACACGAGAUGAUCACGAUUGCUCGAUACUAUUCGUCCCGCGAGAAGAUCGAACAUCGAUCGAGGGAAUACGUGAGAUGCCUGCUGCAUACGGAGCUACACCGACUUCUGUGGCACGAUCUCGAUCGCCUGAAGGAGACCCUGCACCACUGGGACGAGGACAGAACGGGAUUCCUGCCGCGGGAAUCCCUGUACACGAUCCUGCGCGGCUGCAGGAUUCCCGUCGACGUCGAACUGCUGAAUUCCAUGCUGGAUCACUUGCGCAAGGCUGACGACGGCAGAAUCGACUACGAAGACCUGCUGCGGUUCGUGAAUGUAAAAAUCGAGCCCCUGCCGCCAGCCGCGCCCGUGAACGUGAAGACGGCGCUUUGGUGGGCAUCCGAGAGAGAGCCGGACUGCGGCGGGGGAAUAAAUUGGCGCGAGUUCAUCAAGGAUCUAAACAUAAUGACGGAGGAGGACGCGGUGGACGCGGUGGAAGCGGCGGAGAACGGCGGCAACGCGGAAGCGGAACCGGGACGCUGAGCGCGCUUGCACGGUCGGGAUUUUCGCGCCAAAAUGUUUAUCCCCAAUUACGCCAACAAUAAUAAUAUAUAACCAUCUCCCCUUUCACGCA